AUGGCCGACAAAUACAUGCUCAAGGUCACGGCUGGUCCCGACUACGAAAAUCAAAAACCGAUCUCGAUCAAUAGCGAGGAACACACUCGAAUCAUAUCCAACCACCUGACUGCAAACCUCACCGUCCGCAUCCAAAAUUUCCGUGGUCUCGAUGCCACUGGCAAGCUCUCAACUCAAAAGACAAGCCCCUACUUCUCCCAACCACCACAUCAACAUGAUCUCUACAGUGUUCAAUUCAGCUUCACACCAAAGGAGGAUAUGAACGGGAAUGACUUGGUAUUUGGAAACGACUUCGAUCACCCGAUAAGAGACAAACUACCUCCUGGCUUCCAACAGGCAUUCAACAUCGUGAAAUGGUUCAUAGAUCCGGGCUUAUACGCUGAUGUGCAUGCGGAUGAACCAUACCUUUACGGGCCGCUACUGAGUUCUAUGAACGUUUGGCGCGUGGGACCAAAAGACGAUAAAGCACAAGAGAAGCUGGAAGAAGAGCGAGCCAACACAUCAUCGGACUCACCACAGAUAUUACACGAAGGUGGCGAUGGAGAUGGAGAGGACUACAGGCAUGAGUUUAAGAUCCCGGAUGAUGGGGCGGCGAGGAAGAAGUUCUUUUUGACGGAACAGCAUCUGAAGGACUUCAAAUUUGAGAAGGGAAGGAGUUACGAGAACGAUUUCUUCAAUCCUUAUUUGGAUUUCAAUGAUUUCGCUCUGAGGUUGCCUGGGUUUGCGGUCAUCCCUGGGAUCACUAUUCCAAUAAUUAGCUACUGGGAUGGGCAGCCGCUUCGAUAUGUUAUGAAGAACCGGAAGACGGAUCAGCCGCUCAUGGUACUGGUGUUCACGUUGGUGCCGAAGGACGAUGUCAGUGGUGAGAGUGAUGAUCCUGGGGAGAAGGAAGGUGCUGCUGGUGGUCAGGAUGGUGACGAUGAUGUGGAUUGA